AUGUCAAAUCCAUUUUUAAUUCUAUCGGAUUCAUCAUCAACUUCAACAAAUCCAUAUUCAACAACAUCUUCAAAAGCAGCUUCAAUCGAUAAUGAUUCUUCAUUGACUUCAAAUAUUUAUAAAGAUAUUCUUGAAUAUGUUCUUCUAUGUACUAUCGAUGAACAACCAUCAUCAUCAUUUAUUUAUUUAGCUGAAUUAGCUGUAGAAUUACCUGAAAAUUGGCAAAAGAAUUUGAUUGAUCAAGCUUUAUUUGAACGUCUUCAUAUGAUAGAUCCAUCAAGUCAUUUAUUAAUAUCAACAACAAAAAAAUCAACGAUUAGAAAUGAUGUAAACAUUAUUAUUGAGACACGUUGUUUACACUAUUUAGCUGGAUGUUAUCAAAGAUUAUUACGACAACAUGAUCAUUUUAAAUUAGUAUUCGAAGAUAUUAGAAAAUUAUUUAUUGAUCAUACGAAAACAGCAAUUAGUUUACCGGAUCUUUAUGAAAAUCAAGAUUUAUCUAAACAAUGGUUAGAAUUAUUAAUUGAAGGUCAAGAAAAUUCACUUUUGUAUGAAUAUAUUGAUUGUGUUAAUAAUGAGUCUUUAUCACAAAUAACUGAUGAAAUUGAAAAUCUUUACAAUUCUGUCUUUCGUUAUAUGUACAAAAUGAUUCAACCACUUGAUUAUUUUUCAACUGAACUUAUUGCAUAUGUUGGAGCAUUAAAACAGUUAGCAAAAUGGCCGGCACUUGUUCGAAUCAUCUUUCGAUUGUCUCAUCCAAAAACAGCAUCUAAUCGUUCUAUGCAAAUUCAUUUUGGAUCCUCAGGUGGUGGUCGAGCAUUUGAAGAUACAUUAGUUGGUAGUUUUCUAUCAAAAUCAUGUUUACCUUCAUUACCCGGAAAACCUUAUUUAUUCUUUGAAAAACCGAAAGUAAUGACCGAACAUGAUGUUGAUUUAACAGCUAAAACAAUGUGGCAAGUAAGAUUAACAAAUAUUAUUCAUUUUACACUAUAA